ACCUGGGAAAUCCAUUUACUGGUCCCUACUUUUAGCCACUAUAAUGUUGCCACAUUGGUUGGUCCCGACCUCUUCCCCUCGCCAGAAUUGAUCAUCGAAUCUCGCUCUGCUUCGCCAGUUCGCUCACCAUUCGCCCGAAAUCUCCAUGACCAAAAAGUUGUGGCUCAGAUUCCCCCAGUCCUGGCCUACUCUUAUGGUUUGCGACCUUACUGUAGAGAGAGUUAGGGUGGAACUGCGAGGAGAGAGGGAGAGAGAGCGAGGGUUCUGGAGUUAGGCAUGCCGAAUCGACAGCUCCCUUCGCCGGCCAUAACAGCCUCCAUGUUUCUACUUGUACAUAAACCCACGAUGGCAAGAUGGGCGAUUGUAGAUAGGAUUGCACUGGGUGCUAAUGUGAGGCGAAGGAGAUCAAGGGAGGAGAGGAAUAGAGAGAUAGACAUGAGGCUGCGACCACCGGAGUUUCUUUCCUGUUUCUAUGGUUUCUUUGUAAUGGGAAUGAGCCCAGUGAGGGAGCUGGCUAAGAUGAGAAAACCUUACACGAUUACGAAGCAGCGAGAGAAGUGGACAGACGAGGAGCAUAACAGGUUCUUGGAAGCGCUCAGGCUGCAUGGCAGGGCAUGGCAGCGUAUUCAAGAGCAUAUCAGUACAAAGACUGCUGUUCAGAUAAGAAGUCAUGCGCAGAAGUUUUUUUUAAAGUUGGAGAAUGGGACUGGAGGCAUGUCACCUGGACAUCCUCAUGACAUAGAAAUUCCUCCCCCAAGGCCUAAACGAAAACCAUGUAGUUCAUAUCCUCGGAAGACCGGUGCAGCCUCACAAAGUCCAUUUGUGGAAGUAAAAGAGAAAAAUUUGUCACAGGCUUUUGUUUCGCUAGGAACUGAUGAAGUGGCAAUGGAUACUAAGAUUAAGUCUUAUCAGGAACCAGUGAAAGUUGCAAUUGAACAAAAUACAAAGCAGGCAUUUGGAGAAGGCACUUCAUCCGCUUCUAUCUAUUUUCAUCUUAAUAGCACUUCAGAACCUUUAGAACAGAUGCCAACAUUGGAAGAGUUGAAAGAAACUAGAAGUAGAAUAACAAAAGAACUGAGAAAAAAUGAUUCUGAUUUACAAAUUUUUGGAAUGAGUACAGAUUCUCGGUUUGGUUUCACUACUGAAGAGAAAUGGCAAGUACUAGGCCAUAUGGAGAUGCCAUUUACAUCAUGGAAGGACAAUCUACAAGGUGGUGAAAACCAUGAAAAUAUUCCUGCUCAAUUUGAAGGUACAAAAUAUUCUGAUGAAGAUAUCUCAAAAUCAGUGUCAACUCAACUAGAAGCAAAUGCAGAUCUUAACCUGUCACUUGAUUCUACAAGAACAACAAUACAUCGGACAAAAAACUCAAUUUCAUCCAUCCAUCAGGCGGUUCCAUCCAUCUCACUUCAUAACCCGUUCAGUAAUGAUGACAAUCCAUUUAGUGCACUUAUAAACUUAACCAACUACUUUCCAAGUCUCCUUGUAUCUGCCUUGUCACAAAAUCCAGCAGUUCAUCAAGCAGCUAGCAUUGCAGCUGCUUCACUGCCACCUGCCUAUGUGGAUUUUUCUAUGCAAUCAAAUAGCAAGUUAGUUGGCGAAGCUCCAGAGAAACAAUCUAGCGCAUCUUCUGGCAUAUCGGCUAUUGUAACAGCCACAAUUGCCGCUGCAGCUGCUUGGUGGAGGGUUCAUGGGCUAUUGCAAUCUCCUUCUCAGCCAAACCACGCAUUUACCCAAGUAAUGGUGCAAGCCACAGAGUCGGCCCAAGUUCCUGAAGAUAACAGUGACUCUAAAGGAAAUUUUAGCCAAACUCAUAAGCGGAAAUUUCAACAAAUCGAACAGCAGGAGACAAACAUAGCGAUACAACCUUCCUCUGCAUUAUUAGAGAUCUCUUCAUCACCAGAUACCUGCCAAAGCACAAAAUCUGCAAGGUCUCCAAAAUCUACCAAGUGCGCAGAAACAGCAAUUUGUGGAAUCCAUGAUGUUGAUCAUGUUCCAGGCAAAAAGAAACAUGAUCCGUCCUCCUGUGAUUCUAACACAUCGCCCAGCAGUGAAGUAGAGAAAGAUGCAGCUUUGAACAAGGAAGAAGCCAAAGGAAUCAAUGAACAAGGUGAACAAGGCCCGUCCAUUAUUCAGGAGUUUGGGGAUACUCCGGGGAUUAGCAAAUCUAGUACUGAAGGUCUCAAACAGGACUCGAUUGCUUUUGAAGAGCUAUUUUAUCGGCAGUUGCUGCCGCACUGUUUCUCCCCACUGCAUUUGGAUGGCAACUGGACCACAAAUUCAGGAAAUGAGGAAGCUCCUGGACUGCAGAUCGACCUCAACAGGAAGGUAUUCACUCCAUCAUCUACUUGCAACAUUUCCAGGGAAAAUGCACAAAGUAGCACCAACAAUGGAUCAGAAGUUGCAACAUUCAACAGGCACUUGGUGGAAACCGAGGAGAGGAAAGCAGUGGAAAGAGAGCUUGUCUAUGAGUAGAAUCUUUAAAGUGCAGAAAAUCUGCCUGGUUAGCAUAGUUUCAUAUUGGCAUUUUGGAUUGGAAUUGAAUUUUAAAGCUUAAUAAAUCAUGAAACCCCGCAAGGUGAUAGACUUGAUCCCUUUGAUUCUUUUCUAUUAUUGGUAAGAUAACUUUGUAGUAGUUGUUUGGGGUGGUGCCUUAAGAGAACCUUCCUGCAAAUGAAAUAAAUAUGUAGAAGCUGAGCAUACUUCUAUAAACUAAUUGAUUGAGUUGAUUUCAAUCACAGCAGUUUGAGUUUAUUA